CCUCAACCAGUCCGCGCAGCCCGCCGACCAGCGGCUCCCCCCGCCCAAGGGUCACCGGCAGCCCUGUCCCGCUCCGCCGGGCCCGCCUCCCUCCUCUAGGGGGCGCUGGCUCCGAGCCGCUCUGCUUAAAGCUCGGCCCGGGCCGCCGCUCUAGGGCCCGGCUGCGCGGUGAGGGGCGGGCAGGGUGGAGGCUGCCCGCGGCCCAGGUGAGCGUGAGGGACAGGGAGUCCCGCGGACCAGGCCCGACCGCUUCCUGCGCCUUGGCUGGGGCCCAGGGGCCGGCGCUGGGAGCGGAGCCUGCGGGCCGAGGAGCGCGGAGGCAGCAGACAAAUACUGAGGUUCAUCACCAUGUCUACCCUGGCAACAGAACCUACAGUCUUCUUGCUUUCCCACAGAAAAAGCUUGUGACUCCCAGUUCCUUCUGAAGAAUGAGCAGUGUCUGUGCAGGGUCACUAACAGUACCUGCAACUCUAGUUGCUACUGUUUUGCAAUUGUAACUGAAAAGAAAAGUUAAAUGUCUUCACAAGAUAAGGAAGCUCAGGAGGAUGAGCUGCUGGCUCUAGCUAGUAUUUAUGAUGAAGAUGAAUUUAAGAGGGCAGACUCUGCCCAAGGAGGAGAAACAAGAAUUUGUCUGGAGUUGCCCCAAAACUUCAAAAUAUUUGUGAGAGGAAGUCCCACAGAGUGUCUCCAGAACAGUGGAUAUGAAUACACAAUUUGCUUUCUGCCUCCACUUGUACUGAAUUUUGAACUCCCACCAGAUUACCCAUCAGUCUCUCCGCCUGUGUUCACACUCAGCAGCAAGUGGCUCUCCCCGACCCAGCUUACUGCACUUUGCAAGCACUUAGACAACUUGUGGGAAGAGAACCGAGGCUGUGUGGUCUUGUUCGCCUGGAUGCAGUUUCUUAAGGAAGAAACACUAGCUUACCUGAACAUCACCUCCCCAUAUGAACUAAAACUGUGCCAUCGAGAAAAUGGGCAGAGCAGGACAUCUGUGUUUCCUCUGAAUGCUGAGCUGGAUGGUUGUGGUGCAGCAGGUGCUGCAACAGGACAAGAAGAAAUCCUUGAUGAAAGAGCUGUACAGGAUGUGGAGUCUCUCUCAAGUCUGAUAGGGGAAAUCUUGGACUUUGAUCAGGCUCAGCAGAAAAAAUGCUUUAACAGUAAAAUGUUCUUGUGCAGCAUCUGUUUUUCUGAGAAGCUGGGUAGUGAAUGUAUGUACUUCAUGAAGUGCAGGCAUAUAUACUGCAAAUCCUGUUUAAAGGACUACUUUGAAAUUCAGAUCAGGGAUGGUCAGGUCCACUGCCUCAGCUGUCCAGAACCAAAGUGUUCUUCUGUUGCUACUCCUGGCCAGGUUAAGGAACUGGUUGGAGAGGAGUUGUUUGCACGUUAUGAUCGCCUACUUCUGCAGUCCAGCUUGGACUUGAUGGCAGACGUGGUAUAUUGUCCUCGUCCAUGCUGUCAGACUCCAGUGAUGCAAGAGCCAGGUUGCACCAUGGGCAUAUGUUCCAGUUGCAACUAUGCCUUCUGUACCCUCUGUAAAAUGUCUUAUCAUGGAGUCUCUCCAUGUAAAGUCACUGCAGUUCACUCCUUAGAAAAGCGAAUGGAUUUGCGUAAUGAGUACCAAGAAGCAGAUGAGGCCACUAAAAUAUUUCUGGAGCAGCGCUAUGGCAAAGGAGGGAUUCGGAAAGCCCUUGAGGAGCUGGAAAGUAAAGAAUGGCUAGAAAAGAACUCAAGGGCCUGCCCUCAUUGUGGCAUUCGUGUACAGAAACGAGAUGGUUGUAACCAGAUGAUAUGUACUGGCUGCAGGGAGUACUUCUGCUGGCUUUGUAUGGGUUGUCUGUCUAGGGCGUCCCCAUAUACGCACUUCAGAGAUAAAUCCUCCCCAUGCUUUAAGCGGUUGUAUUAAGCUAUGAAUGUUGAUGCUGAAGAUGAAGACUAAUUAUGUUCUGUAUCACCUAACGCUGAAGAAACCAGAAAUGAAUCUCUUCUGCUUACGUCAAGUUUGUUUGCCGUCAUAUGAUGAGUGGUAACACUUCACACUGCAGGCUGCUUACACAACCAUUUGGAUGCUGUUGCCACAAACAGAAGAGACCAAUUCCCUUCUCUUCUAGUGGUUUAGGUCUGUUUAGUGCUAAACAGAGUGAACAAACUGUCAUCCGAAGGCUUAACAAAUGGUUGAGAAACUCUAAAUACCAUAAUGUGCCCCUUUUUCUGAAACACAUCCUAGAAAUUUCUGUUUGGGAAUUUCUCCAGGAAGUUUGGCCUUGCAAGGAUCUCUGGAUUCCAUCCUACAUACUUUGCAGUAAUCUUUCCUAUCACUGAGGUGGGCUACACGUGCUCCCCUUGGAGCCCUUUGAUGAAGCUGCUUGUGUCCAUUGCAGGAAGACUAUUAAACAUAGCAUAAGAAUUUCUCCCUUCUCUCUGAGACUGAGCCAGUUGCUUUCAUAGCAUUUCCUGACCUGGAUCCAAACUGAUUUUUCUGUGGUGGCUCACUGCUCUAACACUGACGCACUUCACUGGGGUGGUAGAGGUUUAUAAAUUGCAGAAUUUUUGCCCCCCAUUCCUUCUCCUUCUCCCAUCACCACAGAGUGGAUCUAAUGCCUGGGUCCGGUGUAGAAAGUUACUGACAAACGUUUCCUGUUUUCAUAACUCUCACUCUUCUUGAUUCAGUUUCAGUAAUUCAUUUCCAUAUUGCUAUCAUAUCUUAACAGGGAAGGAAUUUAUAGGGUCUGGUGAUUAUUUUAAUAAUGAUGGAUAUUAAAACAGUCUGUGUGCCCAA